AUGGCUAUUAAGGAGUUUGUUGCUAAACAAAAUGGGCUACCGGUCACAGAUGUGACUUGGCGCCACAUAGCUAUAUAUUUAGAUGCACUUGACGGAUUCUCAGAAUUCGUCAAGUGCAUCUAUUUUGCGCUGUGUGGUGCCACUACGCCGAGUCAUAAAGCUCAACUUACAGUAGUCGACUGGCUCCGGCGCCCGGUCACCAUUGAACGGAUUUUAUUCAGUCCAGAGGCGGCGAAUAACAAAAACUUAGGGGGUGAACUUGGAGUCUAUCCAAUGUAUGAUGUUCAAAAAUCCGUUUGGGUAACGCCAAAUGAUAGACUCCAGUUCGCCCCCAGUUUGACCACAAAAAGGGGUAUCGAGGAUGUGUUGGAGCAGUACCACAAUCCUCGAUAUCCCAACUUCAAUUUUCCAAAGCCUCAAAAAUCAAGAAAACAGAGGAGGCCGCCAAUUAAUAUUGAAUUACUCAACCAACAAGACAAUCAAUUGGCCAUUGCCCCCCCCCCUCCCCUGUUCCUUCCUCUUCCACCACCCUCCCUUUUAAAUCCUCUCCUACCUCCCUUCCUAUUCCUUCAAUGUCCCAUUCCUAUCCUUCCACUGCUCCUGGCCAUUCCUCUGUUUCUACUUCUCCUUUAA